GAAAAAAAAGAAAAAGAAAAAAAAAGAGUUAUUUGUUAGAUUAUCUUGGCCUAUUUUCCUUGAGCUUCUGAAUCAGAAGUUCGUCUGUAUUGCGAUUUGGCCAAGCCGUCCCCCACCUGUGCUUUGCUUGUGUUUCUUCUUCUGGGUAUUGUGGUAUGGACUUGGUUAUCGAUUUCAAAGCUGUCUUGUUUCAAAGCAAACGUGAUCGUUGAUAUGCCAUCAGCCCCAGCUCCAGUUCCACCCCCACAACCCUUCUCCAAUCUUGCUCACCUCAACAAAUCUACGGCUCUUCCUGACUUUUUCCUUGCGGCUCUAUCACUUUUCGUUUUCUUCUCUUCUUCCUCCUCCUCCAAAUCCUUCAAAUUUCCUGCUUUCUCUAUUCAAUUAAACCCUCGCCGUUUUCUCAAGAUACCCUCCAAUUCCAUGCCCCUCUCACAAUUUCCCAACUCCAAAUCCUUAUCCUUGACCUUCACCUCUCCUCAAUCCCUCUCCGAAUGGCUUAAACCUCGCCUCCCCUCCGAUUCUUUUGCUUCUUGGGGCGUAAACCCUGGUACCAAGAACGUCCACAACCUCUGGCUCGAGAUCUCCCAAGGAGAAACUUCCCUUGCCGAUUCCAACCCUCCCAUCCGCACCCUUCAUGUCCUUUCUCUACGAAUUCUUGAUAAUCAUCACCGGGUUCUCGUUGAAUCCCACCAGCAACUCUCUGAUGGCACCCUACGGAAUCGAAACCGACCCUUGUCUGAGAAAAUGAAGCCCAAUGAGACCCCUGAAUCUGCCGUCUACCGGGCUGUCAAAGAAGAGCUCGGUUCCAUUAUUGGGGAUUCCGAUUGUUCUCAAAUUGUGAGGAUUGUUCCAGAUUCCUAUAAAAUGAAGAUUGAGGAGCGCAACUCGGUUUCCUACCCUGGUUUGCCGGCUUGUUACGUUUUGCAUUCGAUGGAUGUUUGGGUGGAAGGUUUACCCGAGGGAGAGUUCUGCACUGUGGAAGAGGAGGAAUACGGAAAUUCUGAGGAGACGAGCAUUGCGGACCAGGCUGUGUCCGUCAAGAAGCAUUUUUGGAAGUGGGUUCAGAGUGGCAAGUGCGAGUGAGAGAGCCAGGAGUGUGAGUGUGAAGAAGUGACGAUGGAAGAGUCCUAGCAUGUGAGAGUACUAUUGUAUUAGAUUAAGUGAACACAAGUGCAAGCACAAGAGAUGGAGGAGUGUGAGCACAAGAGAGGGAGGAAGAGACCUAGUGUAUGGGAAUACUAUUGUACGAAUGACUUUAACUUCACACACUAAAAUUACUAAGGAAAGUAUUAAUAAUAAACAUGCUCUUAGUGCAUUCUGACAAUGACAGCGAAUCAUCCUUGUUCGGUUUUGAGAAUGACUAUUUUGUUGGUAUUGAUUGCUCAUGUUAUCUUAAAUUAAACACCAAUUUUUUCUAAUCAAGUCCAAGUAUAAACUUGAUUAGAGUGUCCUGAAGAGUAUCAGGAUUGAACACAGACUUUUAUGGCAACUAAUUAAUGUUGGUCAUUGAAUGAUUUCUACGUUUUAAUAUUUGUCAAUUUUCUAUGAGUGUUUUAAACUAAUUAAAAUGGAUGACUUUCUAUAAAAAGCUGAAAGGCCAGACAAAGUUAAGCGUAGAAAGUGAUGAUUAGAUUGAAAUGCGUUGAUGAUGCAAAUGGGCAUGUGUUGAACAUAGAAGUGGAUAUGCGUUAAUGAUAGACCUGCAACAAAAGUCUAGCAAGCUUGUCUUAAUUAACUAACAAUUGAUAGAUGAAUGUAGGGUUGAGAAGAUUCAUCAUCAUUUGCUCGAGUUUAUGUAUGAGGAUCAGUUCAUAUCUUUAACUUAACAAAGUAAAGCCAUCACUUCUUAGUGGUUAAGCCACAUUAAUCUUAUUUCUAAGAUGCAUGCUUAAAUUAAAUGAACAAAAAAGUCAUUACUUUUGUGUUUAAUGAUUUCUACAACCACUUAUUCUCUCAAGUAGUUAGCUAUUUCUACUUGAACCGAUUGAUUAGAUGGAUUCAAGCAAUAGAAUUGUGCACACAUUAAACAAGAUGAACUUCUACUUAUGCAAAACUCAUUAGAAUGUUGAUUUAUUCUUCCCAACCCAUUAAAGACUUAGCUAUUCAUUGUGGGGGGAAAACAAGCACAUAGGUGCAUAAGAGAUGAUAAAACUCAUGAUUUAUAUUAAGAAUAAAAUACAAACACAAUGUGAAUGUCUUAAUAUAAAUUUGAAUGAGAAAAUAAAAAUGGAUGAAAGAAAUUUGAUUGGAGAAAUGAAGGUGUCAAAGUCAUCAGUCACAAUUUCCAGCUUCCUUUGGCUAUUGUGAUUAGCUCACUGCACUUGUGUUGGAGAAUGAAAGAUAGAUCUCUCCCUUGUCUUCCACUCUUACUAACUCGAAAACUCAAGAAUUUCUCCCCAUAACUGAAAAAAGAGAGAGCCCCUUAGUGUGCGAGACUUGCACUAUUUAUAGCUCCAAUUGAUCGUCCUUCAAUGCUCUCUCCAAUGAUUUCCUGACAUACUUUACAAUUAAUUCCAUAUCCUACUCUGUCGCUUUUCCUCAAGUCAUCAAUCCAUUGGUUUUGCUGCAUUCCUUUUAAAUCAACUUCCAAUUUACGUUUUAACUGGACAUAUAAUGCACUUCUUACCAUUGUGUCAUCACCCAUGCAUUAAAUCAUCUUCUUGCUGCAUACUUUUUUUCAACGUAUGGUUUCGUUUUCACCGUAUUGUUAUGUUUGUCCGGCUUCUUAUGCGUUCACCGUUCCAGCACAAACUUUCUCGUUAAGUUCUGCUUUUUGUAUUCUAAUUCCUACAUUUUUAGGGGUUAGAAUUGUAACAUUCAGGACAAUUAGUUUUGCAUGUGCUAAAUUCAAUGAUGAUAUUUUUUUUCAUGAUAUUCUUUUCAAGUCAAUACAUUUCUAUACCUUAAUUAUUUUAUUUAAGAAAUAACAAUAAUUUGUAUUUCUACACGUUAUCAAUCCUUCAUCAUUUUAAAAACUUAGGACAAUUAACAUUAACCAUCUAAAAUUUAGGUCAUCUAUACCCAAAAAAAAAAGAAAAAAAAAACUGUUUGCAACUAAGCCCAACUAUGAGAACUAACAAAAAAAAAAAAAACCUUUGAAACUCUAUGGAUCAAAUUACAAAUUAAAAUGUUGAAACACCAGCUUUUGUUAAGCUUGGGUUCACAAGAGGCAUUUAGAAGAGAGAGCAUACUGAGUUAUAAAUUAUGGCUAACUCACAAGUAAACUUGAAAUGUGCUCAAUUUAUUAAGGAAGAGUUGGGAUUAAUUAAGGAGGUAACUACAUAAAUGGACCAGACCGUAUUAGGGAUAUAUAUUUUACUUUUGUCCAGAACUAACAAAGUUUAUAUUUUUGUCUAGCGGUUACAUAUAGAAACCCAAAAUUUGAAGCUCAAUGACUAAUAUACCCUUAUUUAUAUGUCUAAUAUUAUUUGUCAUAUCCCUCCCAAGCUUACCUCUUUUAUCUAGUAGGAGGUGUGAGGACAAUAAAUAUCAUCCUAUUGUGUUACUUACUAUCUGUCUUGAUUUGUUUUACUCUAUCUCAUUAUAAUCCCAAUGAUGGACAAACUUAAACUCUUGUUUUAUUACAACCAAAUUCAAUGUUUAUACAAAUUUUAAUUUCAACUUCCGACUCAAUUACAUAUAACUAAAUUCCCAAAAUCCCUAAGCAACUAACCAGUAAUGUGGGGUGGUAGACCUUGUCUUUUAGUGGCAACCCAAAACUCAACUCUUUUUGUUGCUUGGGGGCUACUUGACCAUCAUCAAUAAAGAAUUAUAGAUGUUAAUUCAAUAAAUAUUUUUGUGUUGUUUUCUAUUUUGUCUUAAUAAUCCUAAAUCCAAUAAACUAACAUCCAAGACUGCCUUAUGAGUCAU